UUAUAUUUUACUCUUGAAGUUCUAAGGCUUUAAGACGUUCAUUAGAAUUACUAUAAUGUUUUGGUCAUUUUCUACCGCUUGCAAAGCCUCCUUCUUGGUGUUGCUAUUGACAACGCAUACCGGAAGUAAUAUGGACAUUCGUGCGCGUUGGUCAGCUUGUAUCCAACAAGAUGAUCCGUUCCUCGUGUUCUUUCAUAUAUCAGUGAAAAACUGUGCUGCAGAAUGUGCUAAACGGUCUGAAUGUGAUUUAAUGGGAUACAAAAGACGAAUUAACGUUUGUGAAUUAUAUUGGAAGAAUUACACAGAAAAACUCGGAAAGUACACGGAAAAUUCGUGCAUUUUUAUCCGACGAGAAAAACUCGCAUACAUAAAGGAUUUGACAAUCUGUACAUGUAAUUCCGGAGAAACGUGUGACUAUAAAGCUGGACAAUGUAUUCUCACAGAAUGCAGUCUUUUAACUUUGAAAAAUGGUAAACUUUAUGGAAAUCUUCGUACAAUUAAUUCCAAGAAAAGGAUCAGGUGUGACAAGGGAUACAUUGAGAGUAACGGGGUAGUAGAAACUACCUGCCAGCCAAACGGUGCUUGGAGCUAUACACCGACCUGUGUUAAACAAAAAAAUGCUGAAUGUCCAAAGAGCACUGGUGAAUGGAUAUACCCUAGUUUACACAGUGACUUUAAAAUCAUGUUUUCACAUUUAUCUGUUGAUGAGGCAACAGCAAAGGUCGACUGUGGAGCACACAAUCUUUCUAGAAUUGUCAAAAUUGACGUAGAUUGGAAGCACAUGUUUAUUGCAAACGUGCUGGCAAACUGUACCGGUUUUGUAGGAAGUUGUUACUGGAUAGAAGGAAGCAGUAUUACUGGUACCUGGCAAUACAUGGAUUUAACUCCGGUGACGUUGAAUAAGUUUUGGGAUGCCGGGGAACCAAUCAUUGCAAACGGUCAAUGUAUGGCAAUAAAUAAAAAUCAACGCUGGCAAGCUCAAAACUGUAACCAUGUCUGUCAUUAUAUCUGCGAACAACAAGGCAUUUAUAGCUAGUUCAUGUCAUUUGCAACGGCUCUCUCUUUUGAGUAUAUUGUAAUCUACAUGACAUAGAAGAUGAAUACCAUUUCGUUUUAAUUUGUUCAUGUUAUAUUGAUAUUCGAAGAAAAAUAUAUAUAAAAAGAUACUAUUAUACUAGAUCUAGUAUACCUAAAUUCACUGAUAUGCUGAAAUCAUACAAUAGGAGUAUGAGAUGCGAUGUCUCAUAGAAAUACCUAGGAUAUACACUGUAGUAGAUACAACUUAAUAUAUCAAUAAUUCAUCCCGUGCAUGGCUUUUAAAGAGACAUGUUUAGACCCGAUCUUGUGAUUUAUGUUGGUAUGUAUUGUAAAAAUGUAUGACGAUGUAUAAUUGUACAAGUCAAAAAUAAAGUAUCUUUUCUGUU